AUGGCGCGAGGGGUAAUCUUACCAUCGCAAACCAGUACCCAAACCUUACUUUUUGCCAUUCCAAAAAUACCCCUAACAGCAUGGAAACUCCCAUUCAUGUCCCGUCAAGUUUCCUGCAAGUGCUCGUCCACCCAAGCCCCAGUCGUCGCAGUCGACACGGCCAAGUACAAGGAAGCUUUCUCUAGACGAAUGGCAAUGGCUGGCCUCAAGCCCCACCACCGAGUCGCUAUUGGGGUCUCUGGAGGUCCAGACAGUAUGGCUUUAUGUGUUUUGACCGCCCACUGGAAAGCUCAAGACUUUGAUGCGAAAUGUGAUAGUGGUGGCUUCAUUGACGGGCUUUUGGCAAUAAUUGUCGACCAUGGGCUGCGUGCAGAGAGCAAAGAAGAAGCCAACACUGUUUCUAAUCGGGUCUCUAAAAUGGGAAUCAGAAGUCAUAUUGCCUGUUGUGAUUGGCCGUAUGGUCAUCCGAAACAAGGUCAUUUGCAAGAAGCAGCUCGUGACAUGAGGUAUGAAAUAUUUCAGAAGAUUUGCAUCCAGAACCGGAUUGGUGUGUUACUUAUUGCACAUCAUGCUGAUGACCAGGCUGAGUUAUUUGUUCUCAGACUAUCUCGUAAUAGCGGUGUCCUUGGACUUGCUGGUAUGCCUUUCACGUCUCAAAUUUUCUCCACACAUACCCAUUCCUAUGCUGAAGUUUCGGGAAACUACGGUAUCCUUGUUGUGCGACCACUCCUGGAUCUUUCAAAAGAAGAUAUGUACGAGAUGUGUGAAGGAAGUAAUCAGGUCUGGGUGGAAGACCCGACGAAUCAAAGCCUGUUAUAUGCUCGUAAUAGAAUUCGAAUGUCUCUAAGGGACUCGUCAUCAAGUGCGUUCAAGUUGGAGCUACAAGCAGUUAUUUCUGCCUGUCGCAAAACACGCAUAUACAUCGAUUAUAUUUGUAGUAAUCUGAUAAGCAAAGCAGUGACUGUUAUGGAUCUGGGAUAUGCUGUUAUUGAUUUAGAGAUUCUUAAUGAAUCAAAAAUCGAGGACAUAUGCCUGUCAAAGUUUAUUGCCUUGGUUUUGAAGUUCAUCUCACAAAGGAACAGGCCAAUUAGAGGUAGUACUUCAAAAUUGCUUUUGGACUACAUGCAUACUUUACCGUGCAAGACCUCCCUUACAGCAGCUGGCUGCUACCUUUCUCCAACUCCUGGGUCUAGAGGCAUGAAAGCUCUAGCAGAACAGGAAAACUGUACUUCAGAUGAGAUUGAGAAAAUUAUAGCAGAUGGCAAAUCAUAUGCAGAUUCCUUAAUUCCAGAUGCAUCUGAUGUGCAUUUCUUGGAAGGAACUUCUGAAUCAAUUCUAACUGGAGCCAGGAAUCUUGGUAUGCUUAGUGAGUCAACCCUUUCAAAUAUUCUUUUAUUGCAGAAGGAAGAGAUUCAGAAUUUCAAGUCUAAGAGCAAAGUCGCAGCUGACUACAAGUCAGAGCAUGGAGUCAAAUCUGUUAGUACAUCAAGGAGUAAACCACUUCACCCUGGGGAAAUAUGUUGCUUCAUGAACCGGUUCUUUGUCACAUGGAAACUGAGUGAGGAAGUUCCUGAAAAUGCAACUUCUGAGGAAGCUAAUAGUGAUGGAGUUUCGGAAGGACAAAGUCGGGGCUGUUGCAGAUCUUGUGUAUUUGGUCAUGACAUGAUGGUUGAGGUGCGGAACAUGACUGAACCAGAUUGGCUGUAUCUUGGCAACUUGUCGAAGAGUCGAACUUCAGAAAACUUUCAAGAACAGAGACAUUCUUUAGAUAGUAGGGUAGAGCAAACAGAAGAGAAGACAAACGAAUGUCCAGAUUAUGCAAGGCUCUCAGCACAAAGAGCUCUUGUAUCCCUGAAGUCUAUCCCUCUGGCUGCAAGAAGAGGUCUGCCUGUCCUAGUGAAUAGUCAAGGACUACUGCUAAGCAUCCCAAGCAUUGGCUUCAAACACUGCCCAUGCUUAAUGGUAUCUGCGACAUUCAAGCCAAAAGUACCACUCGGCGGAGGUCAUAGUUCGUUCAUCUAG